CAUGAAUGCAGCAGCAGGCUGACUGGCUCUGUGAAGAUGGCGGACUGUAUACGUGUUCCUCUGCUUCUGCUUUUGAUGUGCAUCUUGUCGUCUUUGCAACCGAUUCAAGGACAAAACAACCCAAUCGUCAAAGUCGCUGGUAAUGCCGAUAACCCGCAGAGUCUCGCCGGAGGUCCGGGGCCGGCUGCGGGGAACCCUGGAGCCGCUGAGAGGAUCCUGGGCGCUGGGGCCUCGCUGCCUCGGAAGCGCUCUGCCGGCUGGAAGUUGGCUGAGGAGGGGGUGUGCAGGGAGGACCUGACCCGGCUUUGCCCCAAACAUUCCUGGAACAACAACCUGGCGGUGCUCGAGUGUCUCCAGGACAAGAAAGAGGAUACUGAGAUUGCAGCAGAAUGCAACCAUCUGCUGUGGAACUACAAGCUGAACCUGACCAAGGACUCCAAGUUUGAGUCUGUAGCCGUGGAGGUCUGUAAGACCACCAUCUCUGAGAUUAAAGAAUGUGCAGCGGAGGAGCUGGGGAAGGGCUACCUGGUGUCCUGCCUAGUGGAUCACCGUGGCAACAUCAGCGACUACCAGUGCAACCAGUACAUCACCAAGAUGACCACUAUCGUCUUCAGCGACUAUCGGCUCAUCUGUGGCUUCAUGGACAAGUGCCGCGAAGACAUAAACGCGCUGCGCUGCGGCAGCAUCAGCACUGGAGAGAAGGACGUCCACUCUCAGGGCGAGGUGAUCGCCUGUCUGGAGAAAGGUUUGGUGCAGGAGGCCGAGGAGCAGCCGGGAGCGCACCCCAUCAAGGACGACUGUAAAAAGUCCAUCAUGAGAGUAGCUGAGCUCUCCUCGGACGACUUCCACCUGGACCGAUACCUCUAUUUCGCCUGCCGUGAUGACCGAGAACGCUUCUGUGAAACCACGCUGGCCGGAGAGGGACGAGUUUACAAAUGUCUCUUCAAUCACAAGUUUGAGGAAGCAAUGUCUGAGAGGUGUCGCGAGGCGUUGACCACCAGGCAGAAACUGAUCGCUCAGGACUACAAAGUGAGCUACUCGCUGGCCAGAGCCUGCAAGUCUGACCUGAGGAAGUACCGCUGCAGCGCCGACAGCACCAUGCCCCGAGCCCGAGAAGCCCGCCUGUCCUACCUGCUGCUCUGUCUGGAGUCUGCUGUACACAGAGGGCGCGUGGUCAGUGGCGAAUGUCAGGGUGAGAUGAUGGACUACAGGCGGAUGCUGAUGGAGGAUUUUUCUCUGAGUCCGGAGAUCGUGCUGCACUGUCGGAGCGAGAUCGAAGGUCACUGCUCGGGUCUGCACCGCAAAGGACGGACGCUGCACUGUCUGAUGAGGGUCGGCCGAGGAGACAUGGGAGCCAUCGACCCCAACUGUCAGAGAGCGCUCCAGACUCUGAUCCAGGAAGCCGACCCCGGAGCCGACUACCGCAUCGACCGAGCACUCAACGAGGCCUGUGAGUCCGUCAUCCAGACCGCCUGCAAACACAUCCGCAGCGGAGACCCCAUGAUCCUGUCCUGUCUGAUGGAGCAUCUGUACACUGAGAAGAUGGUGGAGGACUGUGAACGCAGACUGCUGGAGCUGCAGUACUUUAUCGCCAGAGACUGGAAGUUAGAUCCCGUCUUGUAUAAGAAGUGUCAGGGUGAUGCCGCCCGGCUCUGCCACACUCACGGCUGGAACGAGACCAGUGAAAUGAUGCCGCCUGGGGCCAUUUUCUCCUGCCUGUACCGCCACGCCUACCGCUCCGUAGAGCAGGGACGGAGGCUCCGUAGCGAGGAGUCUGAAGAAAACCAGGUUCCGCCUCUCUCCAGGGACUGCAAGGUAGAGGUGCAGAGGAUUCUCCACCAAAGGGCGCUGGACGUGAAGCUGGACCCUGAGCUCCAGAGACGGUGCAUGACCGACCUGGGGAAGUGGUGCAGCGAGAAGACGGAGCCUGGACAGGAGCUGGAGUGUCUGCAGGAUCACCUGGAGGAUCUGGUGUCUGACUGCAGAGACGUGGUGGGGAACCUGACGGAGCUGGAGUCUGAGGACAUUCAGAUUGAGGCGCUGCUGAUGCAAGCAUGUGAACCCGUCAUCCAGUCCUACUGCCAUGAGGUAGCUGAUAACCAGAUCAACACCGGUGAUCUGAUGGAGUGUUUGGUUCAGAACAAACACCAGAAGGAGAUGAAUGAGAAGUGUGCGGUGGGAGUUACACACUUCCAGCUGAUUCAGAUCAAAGAUUUCCGAUUCUCCUACAAGUUCAAGACAGCCUGCAAGGAAGACGUGCUCAAACUGUGCCCCAAUAUUAAAAAAAAGGUGGACGUGGUGAUCUGCCUCAGCACCACGGUGAGGAACGACACCCUGCAGGACGCCAAGGAGCAGCGGGUGUCCAUCAAAUGUCGUAAACAGCUGCGGGUGGAGGAGGUGGAGAUGUCGGAGGACAUCCGCCUGGACCCGGAGCUGUACGACUCCUGUAAGCAGGACAUCAACAAACUGUGUCAGAACGUGGCCUUUGGCAACGCACAGGUUAUUGAGUGUCUGAAGGAGAACAAGCGUCAGCUGACCCAGCGUUGCCACCAGCGGAUCUUCAAGCUGCAGGAGGUGGAGAUGGUUGAUCCUGAACUGGACUAUCAGCUGAUGAGAGUCUGCAAGCACAUGAUCCGGCGGUUCUGCACGGACGCAGAGGGAAAGAACGUUCUUCAGUGUCUGAAGCAGAACAAGAACAGCGAGCUGAUGGAUCCUAAAUGCAAACAGAUGAUCACCAAGAGACAGAUCACCCAGAACACAGACUACAGGCUGAACCCGGUGCUGAGGAAAGCCUGUAAAGCCGACAUCCCAAAGUUCUGUCAGCCGAUCCUGAACAAGGCGACGGCGGACAGCGAGCUGGAGGGUCAGGUCAUCUCCUGCCUCAAACUCAAAUACGCCGACCAGCGGUUGUCUCCAGACUGCGAGGCUCAGAUCCAGGUCAUCCUGCAGGAGUCGGCGCUGGACUACAGGCUGGACCCGCAGCUGCAGAUCCACUGCACACAGGAGAUUUCCAGACUGUGUGCGGAGGAAGCAGCAGCUCAGGAGCAGACGGGGCAGGUGGAGGAGUGUCUAAAGGUCAAUCUGCUGAAGAUCAAACAGGAAGGCUGUAAGAAGGAGGUGUUGAACAUGCUGAAGGAGAGCAAGGCGGACAUCUUUGUUGACCCCGUCCUCCACACAGCCUGCGCUCUGGACAUCAAACAUCAAUGUGCAGCCAUUCCACCAGGCAGAGGGCGCCAGAUGUCGUGUCUGAUGGAAGCGCUGCAGGACAAACGUGUUCGUCUGCAGCCGGAGUGCAAGAAGAGGCUUCAGGAUCGCAUCGACAUGUGGAGCUACGCUGCCAAGGUGGCUCCUGCUGAGGGCUUCUCAGACCUGGCCAUGCAGGUGAUGACAUCACCAUCCAAGAACUACAUCCUGACUGUGAUUGGUGCAGGCGUGGCGCUGCUCUUCAUGAUGGGGCUGCUCUGCGGCAGAUUCACCAAGCGCGUCACUCAGGAGCUGAAGGACAGGUAGACCCCGCCCACUCGGGGGUCAGGACACACCCACGGGAGAAACGACCACCGCCGAUAUGAACCCCACCCCCAACCUCAUUUACCCCCCUCUCCUCCUCCACCUCUAAUUCACCACUUCGAUUCUCCUCAUGCCACUUCAUUUACAAACACCCAUCGCUGGAAUGACAUUACCCACCAUCCUGCAGAUGCCAGUGGGUUCGAUCAGUGACCCGCCUGCUGUUCCUUUACACAAGCUCCGCCCACUCUCCAAGAGGCCACGCCCCCUGCUGCCUCUCCCCUUUUUUUCUUCUUCUUCUUCUUCUCUUCCUGAGCUUUGCUACAGAGCACCAGGUCCUCCUGCAGUUCUGCCCUUCUCUCAUCUGACAGAUGCAGUAUUCCUCCACUUGUUUUCACUUCACUGUGGGGUGAGGUGGGUGAGGAGGGGGAGGGGGAGGUGGUGGCGUAGGAGGUGAAUGAAAACAUUAAGUGUAAAUGUGUAGAAAGUGUGAUGGGAAAAUGCUCAUGUAUAGAGCAGUUGAAUGACUCCAGUAUUUUAAUGAUAAGUGUGUGUGUGUGUGUGUGUGAGAGAGAGAGUGUGUUUGUGUGAUUGAAACUGUCUUUCUACCACCAUAUUGGUCUUGUUUGUCCUCCUGGUAAAGGGUUUUUGGGGGUUGCUGUUUUGGCUCUGGAUAUUUUUUUUUCUUUCUUUUUUCUGCUGAUGUGUGUUAGUUAGAUUUAUUCGCCAUGGGACUGCCAGGCGGGCGGUGCCAACCAGCCAGCCAGCCCUCCACAGAGCCACAGAUGAGAGGGCUCCGAUUAUAUAAACACUCCCAGCCGGCUCGCUCAAAGCUCUCGUUACAGCAGGAUUUAUGGGUGGAUAUUUUUUUUUUUUUUCCUUCCGAAGCGACAGACCUGGCAACCUCAGCUCUCCUCUAAUGCAGUCUGAUAUUUUUUUUUUUUUUUUUUUAAAGAAUUGUUUUUAUUUUUUCCCAGCCUGUGCCAUAAACGCACUCACGUCUACCUGCUGCUCCCAGUUUAGCUGAUUUUCCCGCUUCAGCAGCUGUGUGGAACGUUUUUUUUUUCGGUAGUGACACAGGAGUCCUCCCAGUGGAGCAGACAGACUGGGCCAACUGGCUUUUUAUUUUAUUUUUUUUAUUUUUUUACCCCCCUCCAAGGUCAAGAACUUGCAGAGUGGCUAUUGGUAUUGUGCUGGUUGGUACGGGAAAAGCUGAGAGCGAUGCAGGAAUAAAACAGAAUAAAGAAAUGAAAAGAUUCUAGAUUAUAAUAGAGAUGUGAACAUUUUUGUGUAAAGAUGAUACUGGAAUCAUUGCACAUUUUUCGUUCUUUUUUUUAUAUCUAUAAAUAUAUAUAUAUUGUUUUGUCAUAGCCUUAUUUAUUUGUUUACUAAUGGUCAAUUUUUUUUUUUCUUCUAUGAUUUGAAUGUUCUCUGGUUGCCUUUUCUCCAGCAGGCGAGCGUCCCUCCUUACUGCAGGGGAGGGAGGGAGGGAGGGGAGGGAGGAUGCAGGCCGUGAAGUGAAGGUUUUGGUCUCCUCCGGGCAUCAACCUGAUUCACGUGUGGCAGUGAACGCCUCUCUGGUGGGCCGAGUGAGUUAGAUUUCUCGAAGACAGCAGCACAUUAGAAAUCUGAUAAACCUGACCUCCGGUAGGGAUGUUUGUUACGGAUCAGACACGUUAAUCUGGGAACUAAGAAGUUUUUUUAGUCAAAGUUAAUGUGAUGAUAAUUUGGGGAUGACCACUCGGCACCUGUCUCCCAUAACACAAUGUUCCCUUACAGCAAACUUGAAUUAUGUUAUGAGGGGAAUGCAUUUUCUCCUAGAUUACUUAACCCUUUGAUGCACAACAUGGGUCAAAAAUGACCUGCAUUCAUUCCCUACAUGUUAUUUAAUGCUUACUGUGUGUUUCUGUGCUCUAUCUUUUCAUAUCAACUUAUUUUAUGAUUGAAUAUUCUAAAUAUUCUUUAAAUAUCUUUGAUAACAACAGAUCAUUAUUUCCAUUUUGCUUCUCGUAAUUUAUAAAGAAAAAAAGUAUUUGUAUUAUUACAUAGCUAACUACUUGGCUAAGUAGCU